AACAAUUUCUGAUGAUGUCAUCGGGCAGUAUUUGACUGUCUGCUUUGAGUGCAUACGUGUGUGAAGUGAAAGAAAGUGUACAAUAGUGUACAAGCUACAUCAUGGCUAGUCCUGCUCGAGUCUUCAGCCUGAAGUGUGCUGUCCAACAGUAUGCCUGGGGAAAACUUGGUAAAGAGAGUGCUGUGGCACAGCUUAAGGCUGGUGCAGACCCCAGCUUCACUAUUGAUGAAAAUGCCAAAUACGCUGAGCUGUGGAUGGGCACCCACCCGAACUGUCCGUCUAUGGUGAGCAUCCCGGGCCAGGAGGAGAUAACCCUGCAGAAGUGGGUGGAGAAACACCCCGAGCAGCUGGGGCCAGAGGUCCGCUCCUACUUCCACGACAGUCUGCCCUUCUUGUUCAAGGUGCUCUCGGUCAGGACGGCUCUGUCCAUACAGGCUCACCCCAACAAGGUUCAUGCAGAACUUCUCCACAAGAAUCACCCAGACCUGUACAAAGACCCGAACCACAAACCUGAGAUGGCCAUAGCCCUGACACCCUUCGUGGGCCUCUGUGGCUUCAGGCCCAUCAAAGAAGUUGCGCAGUUCCUACAGGACGUGGACGAGUUCCGCGAGGCGGUGGGCACGCGGGCGGGCAAGCUGAUCUCGGCCAGCCACUCCAUGGACAUGCCCCUGCAGCGGGAGGCCAUGAAGGAUUGCUUUAUGGCUCUGAUGGAGCAGGAGGAGAAGGUGGUGAAGAGCUCGCUGGCCGGGCUGGUCAACAAAGUCAAGACCUUACAGAAUAACCCAGCUGAACUGAAACGCUUCGAGGGCGAAGUCCUGCUGAAGCUUGACAGCGAGUUCCCAGGCGACCGCGGCUGUUUUGCCAUCUACUUCCUGAACAUCGUGCGUCUGGAGCCAGGGGAGGCCAUGUUUCUGGAGGCCAAUCUGCCGCACGCUUAUCUUUCCGGAGACUGCAUGGAGUGCAUGGCCUGCUCAGACAACGUGGUGCGUGCUGGCCUGACCCCCAAGUACAUCGACGUGCGCACGCUGUGUGAGAUGUUGGACUACACGGGACGUCCCGUCAGCAGGACCAAGUUCCUGGGCAUUGAGAGCCACGGCAACGUGGACAUCACCAUCUUCAACCCUCCCGUGCCAGAUUUUGGCGUCUCCAAGUUUGAGGUCCCUGAGGGCACGGCUUCCUUCCAGCUCCAGAGCUUUGAGAGUGCCAGCAUCUGCAUCGUGAUCCGAGGGGAAGGGGAGGCGUCCAGCGAGUCCUUGAGUUCACCCCUCAAGGUCAGGCCGGGCUCGGUGUUCUUUGUGGCGUGUGAAACGAGCGUGGACGUCAGCGUGUCUGGCGGGUCAGGAAUGUUGCUGUUCCGGGCCUACUCCGGAAUUUUCUGAUUAGUGUGUGUUUGACUUUAUGCCACAAUAAAUAUAUGGUGCAUUCACAUUUUCAUUAUAUCGGCAAGCUGUUCAAAUGUCCUGAGCCUGGAAAUAACAUUUUUCAGGAGAGAGACCAUGUAUUUAGGAUAGUUGGCUGUCUGCUCCUGUUGUUUUUUCUUAAAAAAUGUGAAUUCUGUAGCUGCCAACCAGUUUGCAGAAAAAGUAUUUAAUAAGUUUUUGAGAGUCUAAGUGAGGAAACCAGUCUAUGUAUCGGAAUAUAGUUAUUCUGUUUUCUAGUAUUGCUCUCCAUGUAUUAACCGUGUAUUUUUUUUCUUGCUUUUUUCAGCAUUUAGAAUUUAGAAUUUCAACCAAAUAUUUGUUGAGUAGCCUAUAUGCAACCGAUACCACAGAUUUAGAAACUGCGAUUAAAAAAUGUUUUCCAAAAUUUUGGGCUCAGUACAUGUGAACAGCUGGCCAACAGUAACGGUAUACUUCGGCUUUGUUGAAUAUUUCAAAUUUGAUAUACUUGGGUUUUUGAUGGAGAUCUAAAUGUCUAUGGAGGAUUAAAACUUUUACAACAGUUGUGAUGACAAACGACUAUGUUUGACUAUUUUGUAUGCUGAUUAUAUAGAAUAUAAACAAAUACAUGGGUCGCUUGUAUAAAGAGUUUCAUGAAGACACUCAUACGAGCCAUUCGCUAAAGGCCGGCUUUGAAACCAAGUGAUGACUCCAAUUUUCAGUUUCCAAUUUGGACACUUUUCUGCCUUAAUUGCUCUAUGUGAUUGGUGUUUUUCCAGUUUUCAAGUUGAGGAGAUAGUCGGACACAACCUUUACUCAGGAAGUUGUGAUAAAUUUUAUUCUCCUCUUUUAAAUUCUCUUGCUGGCAGGUACCGUAACACAGAUGAUUAAUUUUGAUCAGUGAAAAUUCAGGGCAAGAGAGUGUUGUUGAUGUUGAAAUACACAAAUCUAGGCAGUUUAAAACACUGUAGGGAUUUCACUGUUGUGAUCGGCAUCAGGAGUUUGUAAACCAGGCUUCUAUACUAUCUGUUUGGUCAUUUGUUCAUUGACAAAGUAUCGUCUGGCACAAAUUAUCCGUCUGUCAGGUUUGUCUCAGAGAGAGAGUCCGAAAGACACACUAACUGUAGUUGCCUUUUGGAAAUGGCUUGUAUUCAUUCGUAUAUAUAAAAUGUGUAUAUAUAUAUAUAUAUAUAUAUAUAUAUCAUUGGCAAGCUGUUGAAAUGUACUAAGAAGCCCAGAAAGCAUUAAAAAGAACUUUCAUGUUUUUAAAAAUUGUACCUAGUUCACAUAUUUGUUAUUGCUUUUUUCCACAUUUAGAGUUUGAAUUUUGACAAAAUGUUUCUUGAGCAUGCACCCGUCACUACAGAUUAAGAAAUUGCAAUUUAGAUUAAAAAAAUUUUGGGGCUUUGUACAUUUUAACAGACAGCUGACGGUGUGUACACCGAUAUGUAUAUACAUAUAUUUAUCUAUUUCCCCUCGAUGUUUGAAUGGUUGGAAAAUUAACAAAAUUCUGAAUAAUACUUUUUGAUUCGAUUUAUUAUCUGGUAAUUCUUCGUCGCCUUAGAACGAUUUUGUCCAAAUAAGUGCCUCUUUACUGAAGUACACUUAGGACAAAAUAGUUCCUAGGCGACGUCUGGUUGUUGUCAGUUGCGAUGUGGGAGGUAAUUAGGGAUAUCCAAGUUAUGUCAUGUGUUAUAAAGAAUAAUUUUGCCGAGUCUCGUUUGCCUUUUUUUAUUUUGCCGAGUCUAGUUUGACUUUUUUUUAAAAACCUAUCAAAAUAGUGUACUAGGUCACAAGUGUGGAGUGGCUUUGUUUCUUUAAACAUGCAUUUUUUUGACAUUUGUUUGUGUUAGUAGACGAGGUUGAGGUAUUUAUUUACCCGUAUUUAAGUAUCGAUAAUGUUGUUAUGCUCUAACCGUGGAACUGGAGGAAACAGAUCAACUUUCCCCCCACCCCCGUUCUAUUUCGAUUCUGGGGCUGAUCGGCGAAUCCUCAAUAAAAAUCAUGAGUCAGCAUGAGCUAUAAAGAGAACAUUAUGGGCUAACUUUUGUGUCUUCUCUCGUCAUUCAAGUCAUAUUUUUUUUUAUUGUGUGUUGAAAAAUGUUAAAGAGACCGGUUACUUGGUUAGGGGAUGACACCAUCGAUAUUUGAAUAUUUCAGCAGAUUGUUGUUUUGUGUGGGAAAGAUUGAGGCAUAUAGUGUGUGUGUGUGUGUGUGUGUGUGUGUGUGUGUGUGCGUGUGUGUGUGUUUAGUGCGAACCUGUAUUCUGACAGUUAGAAUUGAUAGUUUGAUUAUUGUAUGCUCGCUGAUGUAUACAUUUCUAGUUCCCGGGUGUCAACAUUGUUGUAAUGCUUGCAGGACAAGUGAUAGUCAAAGACAGUUUUGUCUUGAUAAAAGUACUAACAUUCUGCAUUUAGUGAAAAUAGCCAUAUAUUAUAUUUUUGUAAUUUGCCCCUGGUAGGUUGUUGUUUUUGUUGUUCGUGGUAUGGUCACCUUGGAUGUGGUUUGGUCUACUGUCUUGUUUGGUAGUGAGGGUGUGGGCUGGUGUGUGGGUUGGUUUUUUUUUCUUUCUUAGCUUUCAGAAUUUAAGAAUUUAAGAAUUUAAGAAUCUCUGCUUUGCAGGAAUGAAUUGGUGGAUGUUAUUAGAAACAAGAACCUGAAUUGUGCGUCGAAAAAAAAGGCUAUAAUUUUGCAUGACGCACUACCGAUGCCGUUUUAUGGAAUAAGAUUUUUUUUAUAAAUAAGGAAAAUGAAAAUCACUUUGUUGAUGUUUGUAUGUUUGAAUUUGUCGUAUCUGUCUACGUGUGGUCACAUGCUUCUUGACACAGACAGUCGUACCAAAUGUCCUUGGUGUUGUCUAAGUGGCACACAGACAGACAUACCAAAUGUCCCUGGUAUUGUCUAAGUGGCACAGAGAUAGACCUGUUAAAUGUUUCUUGUAUUGUCUAAGUGGCACAGAGAUAGACCUGUUAAAUGUCUCUUGUAUUGUCUAAGUGACGCAGCGGAAGCUCUGUUAAAUGUCUCUUUGUAUUGCCUAAGUGAUACAAAGCGAAAGAUCUAUUAAAUGUCUCUUUGUAUUGUCUAAGUGAUACAAAGCGAAAGAUCUAUUAAAUGUCUCUUUGUAUUGUCGAGGUGACACACAGAGA